AUGGCGGCUGCCAGGACGUCAGGGAGAGGGGCUGCUGCCGCUGAGUCUAGUGUCGCCAGAGUGCCCUUAUGGCUGCCAGUGCAGCGCUGCAGAGGCGUUGGGUGGCUCUAUGGUCAGAGGGGCGGCUGCCUGGGGCUGACGGACUCCGGCCGUGCUGCAGCUGUGUUCUCUCCCGUGCAGCUCGUGCAGCAGGAGGGCGAAGCUUACUCAGCGGAUUCUGUUCUUCCUGCUGCUUCUUCGGCUGGGACUGCUGACGCUGGUACUGGUGGUGGGGCGCUCGGUAGCAGCAGCAGCAGUGGCAGCGCAGGAGCGGCUGCAGCAGGGAUGUCGCGAGCUCGCGCCUCAUACCGAGACCCUUUGUUAAGUAUUCUCGACAACGUGGCCCCUGUGGAAGUGGAGGUGGCGCCAGAUGGUGGAGGCGAAGUCGACCUUGAUAAGGGGAGUGAGGCUAUGUAUGCCGCUUUAUUGCUGCCGUCACUCCCGGCUGAGACGGAGGCACUAAAGGACAUCAAAGGCGAUUUCCUAGUCAUGCAGCACACGCCCUCCGAGGAGGACGACACGGAAGAAAAUCUGGAAGAGAUGCAGCUGUGCUUCGGAGAGCUGCUCUGGCAUCCGACAACGCCGCUGCUCUUUGCUUGUAGGAGCCUGUGGUCCGCAGAGCGGCGCAUGCGGCUGACAAAAUCGACGGAGCAACUGCAGGACCAGCAGUCAAGCACAGCGCUGGCAGUACUCCCUGCAGCGUCUAAAGCGCCAGCGAGCGUGCCUGUCUUGAUUCUUUCGGAUGUGGAUGAUGAGGAGGAAAAGGAGGGCGUCGGAGAUUCCCCUUGUGAGUUACAUGGGCCUCGUUCCUAUGAGCGAGUUGCCCUCAGGACGGCCUCUGGCCUCGCGAUCUCUGCCCUUCACAAUCUUCGAGAGACUUUCAGCAACAGAGAGGCCCUCAGCCGUAUCGGUGUCGACAUGGGGUCCUUCGCAUUGCAUGCCCUGCGGCAGACACCUGAGACGAUUGCGCAGCUGUCAAGCGCCACAUCGCAGCUCCUUCAGAACGCAUCAGCCGACUGGGCCGCUUUUGGUGGCGUCGCAUCGCAGGCAGCGGCAAACGCCGUAGAAAGGGCUCAGAGGCUUUGGAGGCAAUUCAGAGAGGGAGCGGGCAGCAGGAACAACCGGACACAAAACGAGAACUCCACCAAAAAUGAGGAAGAUGGACCCAAAACCAAUCGAUUUUCGCAGGACCCACAGGAAAGCAAACCCGGCCACGCAUGUUUUUAG